AUGCAGAACAGAAUGCAGAGCGCAUUGUACGGCAGAGCACAGUGUACUCGGUUUGACGAAGGACGUAGUUAUUGUAGAGGGUUCAAACUUCUGUCUUGAUUAUUUGUAUACAUCAGUUGUAGCCAUUACAACAUGUUUAUCUUUGGAUAUGGUUCACUAAUGUGGAAAGCAGACUUUCCCUACGUGCAAAAAAUUCCAGGCUUUGUUACAGGCUAUGUAAGAAGGUUUUGGCAGGCAAGUGAGGAUCACAGAGGCGUUCCCGGCAAGCCUGGUCGUGUGGUCACUUUGAUCUCGACGCAGAACCCAAAAGAUGUGAUCUGGGGUGUGACAUACGAGAUAGACAAAGAGGACGAAGAAAAUGUUGUCUCGCAUCUGGAUUUUCGUGAGAAGGAUGGCUAUACCAAAACCACAGCACUAUUUUAUCCUGUAGCAAUUGAGACAACACAAGAAAUAACCAAACUCGAUCCAUUUGAAGUAGUGCUGUACAUAGCCACAGAAGAUAAUAAAUUUUUCAUGAGAAAUGAAACUUUUGAGGAAACAGCUGCAUGCAUUGCAAGUGCUCAUGGACCGAGUGGCAGUAAUGCAGAAUAUUUGUUCAACCUCGCAGCAGAAAUGAGACGCAUUGCACCUCAUUAUGAUGAUACCCAUCUCUUUGCUUUAGAAAAUGCUGUACGAAAAAUACAAAGCAACAAAGAGUCUACUGCCAAAGCAUGAGCAGAAACUGAAGUUAAGAUACUCUGGGCCUCUAUACAACUUUGAUGUAUGCCCUGAUUUGACUUUCUAUAGUUCCUCUAUGCCACCUUCCUCCUCCCUCCUGACCUUCACCCCCCCACCCCCCACCC